CUCCGGGAGUGAGUGCGCGCGCCUGCCUGCCUGCCUUCCUCCUCCUCCUCCUCCUGCUUCUCCUGCUGCUGCUGCUCCGCUCGGGAGCCUCCCGGGGUCUGCGGUGACAUUGUCGGAAGUGGCGGGAGAGAGGGGAGGGCGAGGAGGAGGAGAAGGGAGGAGGCGGGGACUCGGCGCGGAGGGACGCGCCUGCCUGUUUCCCCGGCGCCCCGCUGCCUGGGGCGAGGCGAGGCGGGCCACUCGCGAAGGACGGGCAGGCGGACGGACUGGCUGGCUGGCGAAGGCGCCUCGCCUCUCUGCUGCGCCUCUUUCCCGCCCGUGGCUCGAAGCGGCGGACUAUAAAUAGCCCCGGAGAGCGCGAGGCGACAGAGUCAUUGCGAGGGCCACCGACCGGGAAGGCAGCCCUGCUCCCAACGCUUCCUCCUCCUUUUCCUCCGCCUCGCCUUCACGGGGAAACCAAAAGCAGCCAGGAGGUGCAGGCUCAUUUAUGUUGGCGCCAUCUGCGAUACAUCCAUACAUUACGUGAGACAAAGAAAUGAGCCUCUUUAUUUGAAUUCUAGUGGUACAGGCAGUGAAGCUCUGGCAAAUUCUGAAGUGCAGGCUAUCAUCGGGACAGUUUCUAUAGAGACAUCUUCACAGAGCAUCCAAAAAUCUGAUCUUGUCUGUUGACUAGAAGUUGCACACUUUCGACCAAUUCAUUAACAUCCCUAUUAUCAUCCACUUCCUCCUCCUCAUCUUCAUGAACAGCCAGAUGCGAUACAAUGCUAAGGAACUGGUUUCAUUGGCUAGAAGUCCAUCAUCUUGUUUUGACAAGGAAGGAGAUCUGAAGAUAUGCAGAGUGUUCAGGGAUGGUAAAUUUAUAGAGCCAAGGGAGACAUGGUGUCGUCUGAAAGGAAAUCUACUCUUUCUAAUGAAAAAUAAGACAAAGAGUUGUGAACCCUCUGAAUUAGUAAUCCUGGAACGGUGCUGUAUUGUGGAAUUCAAGAAUAAAGCAGAUGUUGCAGUAGUGCUCAAGUUUCAAAGUGGAGAACCAGAUAUUUACCUUGAAGCUGCAUCGAGGUCUGAUUGUGAAUCUUGGGCUGUGGCACUUGGAGAGGCAAAUUCUGAAAGUCUGUGUAAUAAAAUCCAGCAGCUCCAGACACUAAUCAUGGAAAUCAAGGAAGAGAGAACAGCAGACGAAGUACAACAGUUUCUUCCAUCAGCACAGGCAGAGAGCCUUGCAGACCCUAAGCUUGCAGGUCUUAAGAAGACUCUAUGUGAACCAAAGUUUGAAUUCAGUCUUGGAUGUAAAGAUCUUGUGGCUCCUACUCGUGAUCGAAAACUGAAUACUUUUGUGCAGAUCACAGUGGUGCAUCCAGGAGAGCAGAAUUCGACAAGAUACGCAAGCACAGAAAUUGUGGAGGGAACAAGAGACCCACUGUUUUUGACUGGUGUGACGUUCCCACCGGAUUACCCCAUCUAUGAGGAGACUAAAAUAAAACUAACAGUCUAUGAUGUCAAGGAUAAAUCUCAAGACACGGGCCGGGCCAGCACCUUGGUGGACCAAAAAGAAUCACCAAGAACAGAUAUUGGGCGAAGUUUCCUGGGAUGUGCUACAUUUAAAGUAGGCGACUUGGUGAAAUCAAAAGAGCAACAACUGACUCUUAGCCUGAGGAGUUUGGAUGGUGGAAAGACAUUUGGCACCAUAGAAGUCAGCUUUGUGAAGAUGGGGGAGACAGAGGACGGGGAGGCAGAUCACAUCACAACAGAUGUGAAAGGACAAAAGUGUGCCUUGGUUCAUGAGUGUACCUCUCCAGAAAAUAUCAGCAGUAAAGAGAAUUUACCUUUAUUAAACGCAGUGUUAAAAAACCCGAUCUGUAAGUUGUAUAGAUUCCCCACAUCUGACAACAAGUGGAUGUGUGUACGAGAACAGAUGUCUGAGAGCACUCUUUCUUUUCAUAUCCCCAAGGAACUCAUCAGCCUGCACAUAAAGGAGGAUAUGAGGAGGAAUCAGGAACUUAAAGAACUUGGGGAACUUGCUCCACAUUGGGACAAUAUGCGUAAUAGUGUCAUUACACACUGUGAUCAGAUGUUGACUUUCUAUCAAAAUAUGCUUGCAGAACUUGGGAAACAUACAGGUUCUUCCUUUAAAUCAAGUUGUAGUAAAGGAGAAAAAACUCUAGAAUUUGUCCCAAUCAAUCUACAUCUGCAAAGAAUGUACGUGCAUAGUCCUCGAUUGAAAGAUGUUCUUUAUGAUGUCAUCACAGUAGGAGCCCCCGCAGCGCAUUUUCAGGGAUUUAAAAAUGGUGGUCUUCAGAAACUAUUGAACAAAUUUGAAGCAGAAAGACGGAAUACUGGAUACCAAUGUAUUUACUAUUCACCUGAAAACACAACUAAGGCAAAAGAAGUUCUCAGUAACAUCAAUCAUCUCCAGCCUCUCAUAUCAAGCCACGCAGACCUGCUGCUUAAUUCUGCAAGGCAGCACUUGCCAGACAGCUUGAAGAAUUCGUUAAAGAUGCUUUCAGAAACGACAGAGUUAUUUGUGCAUGCAUUUAAGGAUCAACUGAUCAGAAGUGCCCUUCUAGCUCUAUACACAGCUCGUCCAGGCUGUGUCCUAAAAAAGCCAACAGUGCCAAGGAGUAAUGUUGAAGACAAUAGUGAUCAGCCUAUUCAGGACCAUCCUGUUCAGAUCAAGAGACAAGAUUCUAUUCCCCACCAUUCAGAAUAUGAUGAAGAAGAGUGGGAUAGGGUGUGGGCCAACGUGGGAAAAAGUUUAAACUGCAUUAUUGCAAUGGUGGAUAGAUUGCUUGAAAAAGACUCACCCAGCAUCACAAAGGAAAAUGAAAAUGACCUUCCACCAGUUGAACAUGUGGCAACCAACAUAAGUGGUGACUGGUACGAACAGCUGUAUCCACUCACUGUUACAUUGAAAGACUGUAUUGGAGAGGUGGUGACAAGAGCAAAGCAAUCAAUGUCUUUUGUUCUGCUUCAGGAACUUGCAUGUAGUUUGCCACAAUGUUUAAUGCUGACUCUAAGAAGAGAUAUUGUCUUCAGUCAAGCUCUUGCUGGAUUGGUCUGUGGGUUUAUAAUCAAAUUGCACUCUAGUUUACGUGACCCAGGCUUCCUGCAGCAGCUUCAUACAGUGGGGUUAAUUGUUCAGUAUGAAGGACUCCUCAGCACAUAUAGUGAGGAAAUUGGAAUGCUAGAAGACAUGGCUGUGGGAAUAUCAGAUUUACAGAAAGUCAUGUUUAAAAUAACGGAAGCCAAAUCAGAUGACCUCUUGCCUGUUAUAACUGGAAGACGGGGACAUUAUGUAAUAGAUAUCAAGCUCCCAGAAAAGAUGUUUGAGUUGCUACCACAAGAAAUUAAAGAGGGGAAACUGCUCCAUGUAUAUCCAAUCCUCUUUAAUGUUGGAAUCAAUGAACAGCAAACACUUGCAGAAAGAUUUGGGGAUACUUCCUUGCAAGAAAAUGUUAACCAGGAAAAUUUAGAAUUACUUAAAGAGUAUUACAGAUUGUUCACAGAAAAAAUGCCUCCUGAUUGCCUACCGCAUUUUCAAGAACAGAAUGACUUAAAGCGAUUACUAGAAAAUCUCCAUCAAAAUAUUCACGCUAAAAAGAGAAAGAAUGUAGAAAUCAUGUGGUUGGCUGCAACAAUUUGCCGCAAGCUAAAUGGAAUUCGGUUCACCUGCUGUAAAAGCGCCAAAGAUAGGACAUCAAUGUCAGUGACACUGGAACAGUGUUCAAUUUUAAGAGAUGAACAUCAGCUGCACAAAGACUUCUUUAUUCGAGCGCUGGACUGUAUGAGAAGAGAAGGAUGCCGCAUAGAGAAUGUACUGAAGAAUAUCAAAUGCAGAAAGUAUGCUUUCAACAUGAUACAGCUGAUGGCUUUCCCCAAGUACUACCGACCACCCGAGGGAACAUAUGGAAAAGCUGACACCUAGGCUUUAGACCAAAAUCCAAGCAAACUUUUAUUUUAAGUGUGCAGAAUCACACAGCUAUUCUCAUUAGUUGACACAAAUCUCUUUGUGUAUCACACAAACUAAGAACAUGUAAAAGGAAAGUACUACCUAGGACCUGUUCUUGCCAGGCUGUACUGUCGUUCUAAAGGAAACACCAAUAAAGAAUGGUAGGCUGAGUGAUGUCUAAUUUUUAAAAUUUAGACUUGUAUCUCAAAGUCAACCAGAAUUAAAGAUGUGAAAGUGGAUGGCCAUGUGUUGACUUGAUAGGGAAUGAUUGAGGGCCUGAACUUGUAUCUAACACCAACUUCCACAUUAGAUUGCAUUGGAAUGUGGUGCAUUAAAUUCAUGACAACUUUUGUAAAGGAGUGUUGAUCUCCAUGACUUUACACUAAAUAUUUGUGAUGUCGUAUAGCCUUCAGGGCAUUUUUAAAAAAUUCUAACUACAUAUAUCAUUCACAUAUUUUAUCAAAAGUUUGGGUUUUCUUCUGUUACUCCUGGUAUCGCCUUGCAAUUCACUUAGAAGCUGGAGUUUGUAUUUUUAGCAGCCACACUUUAUGGUCUUGAGAAGCAACCCAUGUAAGCAAUAUUAUAAACCAAUGGUGACCACUAAAGUCUAUUCUCUGUGUGAUGUGGGAGCAUCAAGGAGGCAAGGAGAUUCUGCUGGUGUUUGUACUGAAUUGCAUUGUAUCUGGAUUUGGCUCCAAAUAAUAAAAUUAUUGAAACUGAAAUCUACAAAAGGCCUAGCAGCGAAACCUGGGCAGGAGAUUGAGCUACACUCACUUGAAAUGUUGGGAAAGUCAACAAAAUGUACUAACUUCAAUCCAAAUGUAUCAAAAUGGCAGAUAAUAACACAGUUAUUGCAUGUCAACAGUUGUGGUAUAUCAACAUAAAAACAAAUUUCCUUUUCUCCUCUUCAAAAUCAGUGUAAGUCUGUGUUUUGUAUUUAAAACACAACUUCAUGUACACAGUAUAUAUCAUUGUAAGUAGCUUACAAUGAACCAAAACAUGUUUGCAUUGCAAAAACCAUUUAAGGCUGGGAAAAGUGAUCUCUGAGUGAAACAUUUCCUAUAAUGCCUUGUUAAAAUGUCAUCUUGUAGUUAGAUUGUAGCCCACCAUUUCUGCCAAUACUUGCGUGAUUGGUCCUGUUCAGCAAGUUACCAUAUGCUUGCUUGAAAUGAACAUGUGGUCAUUAAAAGUAAAACCCAUUUCUUGUCAGUUUAGUACAGCAUCAUAUUAUCUUGAGUAAAAGAUACUAUGGCAAAAUAUUACCGGCAGUAUAAAGCAUAGCUGCAUAUUAAUACAAGAUGUGUACAAACUACAUAAAACUUAGCUAUUAUGAAUUUAUUCACAGAUAAUGAAAUACAACUAUUUGCAUCACAUACCUGUGUAUUGGAACCCCCGUGGCACAGUGGGUUAAACCGCUGAACUGCUGAACUUGCUAACCAAAAGGUUGAUGGUUCUAAUCCAGGGCGUGGGGUGAGCUCCCACUGUUAGCCCCAGCUUCUGCCAACCUAGCAGUUUGAAAACAUGCAAAUGGGGGUAGAUCAAUAGGUACCGCUCCAGCAGGAAGGUAAUGGUGCUCCAUGCAGUUAUGCCAGCCACAUGACCUUGGAGGUGUCUAUGGACAAUGCUGUUUCUUCGGCUUAGAAAUGGAGAUGAGCACCAACCCCCAAAGUCGGACACGACUAGACUUCAUGUCAGGGGGAAACCUUUACCUUUACUAUCUGUGUAUUAUAAUAAAACACCAUAUACUGCAACAUAUAAUACAAAUUUCUGGUUGAAAAACAAGUAUGAAAGUCAGCAGCAUAAUCCUCAAGGAGUUCUUUUGCACAAACUAUUAAAGUGAAUGAGGGGAAAAGCUGUACUCUUCAACAAUUUCUUUGGGUCAUAUUAUGAAAUACCCUUCUACCUUCCUGUUUGUCAUAGUGAAAAUACUAUAAACAUAUCAUUGUUCCCUCUGUUACUGUUUUUAAACAAAGGCUGGAUGGCCAUCUAUCAGGAGUGCUUUGAUUAUGUAAUCUUGCAUUAGACUAGAUAGCCCUUGUGAUAUCUUCCAACUCUAUCAUUCUCUGGCUAGAUAUGGUUAAUUCCCAUACAAUGUUGCAGCUAUAAAUGCAUUAAAAUCUGGAUUGAGGUUUAAGGUGCAGCUCAUGAGACUACUGCAGAAAUUUAUUGUUUAAUAUUAAGCUUUAUAUGAAAUUAGGAAGUAUUGUUUGAUCAUAAGAAAAUAAAAAUAGGAGCAGAGGGACACUGUAAAGUGUAUGUCUUAAUUUUAGUACAUUUUCAAUGGUGCUCCAGAACAGAAUGUUACUAGGUUAGCAUGCACAGCUGACAGAUGUUUUUAAAUUAUUUAAUACUGUAUAGAGUUUUCAGCAUGCUUAAGAACCCUGGUGUUUGGAGUGCUCUGCAGCCCCAGCGAAUGUGUUUUUAUUGUGCUUCUAAUGCCACAAGACUGUGCUUGCCUCUUAUGUAUUAUUUCUUUGGUCUUUGAAAAAGGGAAGCUUGAAGUGCAUAUUUCCGCUUGCCAAAACAAUACUUUAAACUUUGAGCAUAUUUUAAACGAGAGGAAUAACACAUGUGCGUAGGUCAAUUCUUGUAGGGAAACAAAUUGGCGAAAAAAACCUUUAGACUUUUAAGAAACCUUUUUUCCUUCUCCUUUCUGUAAUAUUAUGGUAAGCCUUCAUUUUGUGCUACCAGAAACACACCCCCAUUCCUCUUUGCAUGCAGAUGUGGACAUGCAUUUUUGGAAGCCACCUUGAAAGACAUCCUUAAAAUGGGGUGAUGGUUAUUGUUUAGCUUUGCGUGGUCAUUUUGAAGUCCCCAGAAGGACUUGCAUGGCUUGGAUCAUAAUGCAUCAACCCAUGGCUAAGAUCUAGGAUCAGGAGAUAUAGCAUACAUGUAUAAUAAAGGUAGAAUUCAAAAAUGUUUCUCUUCCCUGCUCCAAAAAACACUUUUUAACUUCUGCAGACACCACAAAAUGCUAAUUUACUAGCUGGUGGUGAGGAGAGGAGUAACACCCAGAUCCAUUCCUAUAUGGACACCAGCAGCAAGACAUCCUCUGGGCUUUGUAGAGCAGUGGUUCUUAACCUGGGGUCCCCAGAUGUUUUUGGCCUUCAACUCCCAGAAAUCCUAACAACUGGUAAACUGAUCGGGAUUUCUGGGAGAUGUAGGCCAAAAACGUCUGGGAACCCCAGGUUGAGAACCACUGUCCUAGAGAGUCUUCUAGAAAUCCUGGAAAUCAAUAACGGUGCUGUAUCUCCAGUUAUAGAAACAUAACUCCACAAUGGUCUGCCUCCACCCACCCCCUGUUUCCCAAUGACAUGUAAAUUGGGUUAUCAGGAAGAUUAGGAGGUCAAUAGAGAAUUCAAACCACUGUAGUGACCCGAACAGGCAUAAGUUGAAUUUAAAUCACUAACAGAUUGCCAAACCAUGUUUGGAACGUAUGGCACAGCUUGAUAUGGAGAAUAGGGGCGGCGCUCUUCCAAGAGGAAAAAUUAGAUGGCCAACCAGGCCUGUGUAAGCUUUCAUGCAUGAAUGAAUUAGUUCUCUGGACUAUGGCCCCAUCUGCACUGACCAUUCAAUGCAGUUUCAAACCAGUAUUGAAGAAAAUGUUUUCACUGUGUAAAUUACUUAGAAAAUCCUGGAACCAUUUUGUGGUCUGGAUGUGAUUACAUAAACCACAAAGCACUGAUGUAUAUUAAGGGCUUUCUUUUGUGCACUUUUGUGGGAGUUUGUUUCUGACCACCUCAAUUUGAAGCUAGCUUCGAACUGCAUUAAAUGUUCGGUGCAGAUGGGGCCACGAUCCCUGGAAUAUCACUACUGCACAUGCACGUGGGCAGCUUAUAGCUCUCAGAUGUUGUUGGAAUGUAACUUCAUACCUCACAAGUGGUUAUCCAACACCAUUGCACUUCGCAUCCAACAACAUUUUUCCACCCCUCCUUUAAUGCAUUAAUGACUAUUGUAAAACAUUGUGGAGAAAAUCUGAUGAAUAUGUGUGUUAAAUAGUUUGUGGAGAAAGCAUGAAAAUAUGUUUUGAUAGCUUACUUCUUUGAUCGAAUUGGACAGUGGAUUUUGAAUAUUCAGCUUUAAUGCAUGUAUAGGGCUUUUUUAUCAUUUUGCCUAUUGUUUUAGUAACUGCACAUGUUUCUGUGUAUAAGCCAUAUCCAUUGUGCAUUCUGUGUGUGGGGUUUUUGUGCAUGUAUUUUUAUUUAAAUAAAUGUGUCUUAUUUUUCAUA